AUGGCAGAGCGACGGCAGCCACGUGUGCUGGGCGCCAAGCGGACGAUCGCCGACGUGCUUGGCGAGAAGGUGGCGGGUAACGAGAAACAACUGCAGGGGCUAAUCAUGCGUGUCGUGGCUGGCACCGUGGACGAGAGCGUCACAUUGGAGCAGCUGGAGCACGUUGUCGCCUUCUACGCGAGUCAUAACAGCGAAUACACACGGGCGGGGGAAGACGACAUUCAGGUUCUCACGGCAGAGAUCCUGAACAAUUCCAUCCGUUCUGUAAUGGUAUUCGGCGACUUUUCUCCUGCCUUUAGUGACGUUGAAGUGUACUCUAUCUCUGUCGCAAUGCAGUACAACUUGUCGUUAGAAGCGUUAACGAUAAACGGCGUGAACGUGAGCGAUGAGGCGGUGUCUAUGUUGUGUGAGGCGCUCGUCAAGUCACGUGUGAGUUUCAUUGAUCUGUCCAACGCCCCACUGGAGGAUGAGGCGGGGCGCUCAUUGGCUGCGCUGGCGCACGUGAAUCCGUAUGUGCGUACAGUUGUUCUCGACGAUACACUCAUAGCUGAGGAGGUGCUUGACGAGAUUGACGUCGCAUGCCAAUUCAAUCAGAGUAACUUCGAAGGGAACGGCGAGAAGGUUGACAUUAGGAACGGGGCCGAAGUGGCGCGACUACGGCACCGCCUGCAACACGUCAUUCGGGCAAAGCACAGUAAUACGUAUUACUGCGUUGCCCACCUGCUGGGGAUGUGUCCCAACGGCGAUCUCUGUCUCUAUUCGCACUCUCCCAUGACAUCAGGGGCGCCCGACGCGAACGCCAAUCUCCACGAGCGCAUCGCCGACCUCUUUGCUGGUGGGGGAAAGUGGCAGGAAAAACUCCCACUACCACCCCGGGAGGGGGCGUCAUGGAAGAGCCCGGACGAGCAGGAGGGAUACACGCUACGGCUCAACAUGGCGAAGCGCAAGGCAGUGAAGAAGCGCAGCGAUAUUGCCGGUGCUGCUGGAGCACACGACAAGGCUGACGGGUGGCGUGGAUCACUUCGUGUGGUAGGUACAUCUCUAGUGGUGUUGGUUGCUGCUGUUACUGCCACCGCACUGUGGACCUUGCGGAGGCGGGGCGGCGAGAGCGCUGUGCGGAUUUUGUAG